CCGCCGCCGCCGCCGCGACCCGGCCGGGCUCCAGGGGCCGCUAACGGUCCCGCGCCCCUCGGCCCGCGCGCCCGCCCGGCGCCCCCCGCCCGGCGGACCAGGCGGCGCCCCGGGGCGCUGGGCGCGAUGGGGGCGGCGGAGCCGCUGCGCUCGGUGCUGUGGGUGAAGCAGCAGCGCUGCGCCGUGAGCCUGGACCCCGCGCGGGCGCUGCUGCGCUGGUGGCGGAGCCCGGGGCCCGGAGCCGGCGCCCCCGGCGCGGAUGCCUGCUCUGUGCCUAUUUCCGAGAUCAUCACCGUUGAAGAAACAGACAUUAACGGGAAACACCACACCAGCGGAAAAUGGCAGAAAAUGGAAAAGCCUUACGCUUUCACCGUGCAUCGUGUGAGGAGGGCCCGGCGGCACCGCUGGAGGUGGGCGCAGGUGACGUUCUGGUGCCCCGAGGAGCAGCUGUACCACCUGUGGCUGCAGACCCUCAGGGAGCUGCUGGAGAAGCUGACAUCGAGGCCGAAGCACCUGCUGGUGUUCAUCAAUCCGCUUGGAGGGAAAGGACAAGGCAAGCGGAUCUACGAGAGGAAGGUGGCGCCGUUGUUCAUGCUGGCCUCCAUCACCACCGAGAUCAUUGUCACUGAACAUGCUAAUCACGCCAAGGAGAGUUUGUACGAGCUCAACAUAGACAAAUAUGACGGCAUCGUCUGCGUGGGCGGAGACGGCAUGUUCAGCGAGGUCCUGCACGGCCUGGUGGGCAGGACGCAGAGGGACGCCGGCGUGGACCAGAACCAGCCCCGGGCGGCGCUGGUGCCCAGCCCGCUCAGGAUCGGCAUCAUCCCCGCGGGGUCGACAGACUGUGUGUGCUACUCGACGGUUGGCACGAACGACGCAGAGACCUCGGCGCUGCACAUCAUCGUGGGGGACUCGCUGUCCAUGGACGUGUCCUCCGUGCACCACAACAGCACGCUGCUGCGGUACUCGGUGUCCCUGCUGGGCUACGGCUUCUACGGGGACAUCAUCAAGGACAGUGAGAAGAAGCGGUGGAUGGGUCUCAUCAGAUACGACUUCUCAGGAUUGAAGACCUUCCUCUCCCAUCACUGCUACGAAGGGACCGUGUCCUUCCUGCCAGCGCAGCACACAGUGGGGUCCCCGAGGGACAGGAAACCCUGCCGGGCAGGGUGCUUUGUCUGCAGGCAGAGCAAGCAGCAGCUGGAGGAGGAGCAGAAAAGGUCGCUGUACGGCUUGGAGAGCACCGAGGAGGUGGAAGAGUGGAAAGUCGUGUGCGGGCAGUUCCUGGCCAUCAACGCCACCAACAUGUCCUGCGCUUGUCCCCGGAGCCCCCAGGGCCUCUCCCCUGCCGCCCACCUGGGAGACGGCUCUUCCGACCUCAUCCUCAUCCGGAAGUGCUCCCGGUUCAACUUCCUGAGGUUUCUCGUCAGGCACACCAACCAGGGCGACCAGUUUGACUUCACUUUCGUGGAAGUCUAUCGCGUCAAGAAGUUCCAGUUUGUGUCGAAGCCCGCGGAGGACGAGGACAGCAGCGUCCGGGGCCGCGGGAAGAAGCGCUUGGGGCAGCUGUGCAGCGACCACGCCUCGUGCUGCUGCGCCGUCUCCAGCAGCGCCUGGAACUGCGACGGGGAGGUUCUGAGCAGCCCUGCCAUCGAGGUCAGGGUUCACUGCCAGCUGGUCCGGCUCUUUGCACGAGGAAUCGAAGAGUGCCCUAAGCAGCCGUCGCCGCGCUGAGCCGCUGUCUCGUGUCCCCGGCCUUCUUGCUGUGCUCGGGAAGUGGGAACAGUGUUCAUGAAAAUUACUGCAGACCAAUUAUGUUGAAACACAUUCAAAUUUAGACAUUUAUUUUUGAUAGUUAAAUCUUGAUUUUAGGAAAAAUCCCUUUUGUCAGCAGUUUUGUGGACACAUUUGGCAUUUUCAGUUCUACGUGUCUGGGGUUGCGUUUCACGUAACUCAUCCUUGGCGAGCAGCGCCUGCUGAUGUGGGAGCGCUGUGCUGGCUUCGUGGGUUUCAGCCACGCUGACAGCCAUUCGUGGCUCCGUCGCAGUAACUGUAGGGACAACGUGAUGUGAGUGCUUUCCAUCACAGUCACGCCACCUGGCCACGAGUGUCUACAGGGUCACUCAUCUGCUUGGCAAGACUUACCCUGUAGUAGCUUGGGAUCAGGUUCCAGAAAGUAGCUGAUUCUCUCUGCCUUUGUAGUACCUGCAUCUUGACUUGCGAUUAGGACAUGAUUACUGGACCCUUUCUGUCCCGUGCAACUACAAUGCAAUGUCAUAGUCCUGCUUGAACUGACGCGUCCAGAGUAGCCCGUUCUAGUGAGCGGGAAGGACACUCAAAGUAACGAUACUGUAGCUUUAAAAAUCUGAGCCCUCGCUUUCCUCACAGUCAUGUUCUAGACAAUCCAGCCGGGAGCUCUGGAAACCGGCAGCUUGUAAAGCGCUGCAAGUGUUUUACUCUUUUCGAUGUGGGGUCCCCGUGCUCUCCGCACACACAGCGGGGAUGCUGUAGCUGGGCUUUGUACGAGGGGAGAGAAGCAGCCGCGUGCGGUGGGUCAGGCGUUCCUUUGCAAACUGUGUGAACUUCAGACUGAGCUCCCUGCCGCCAGGGGAGGGUCCCAUGCCCCGGGGUUCCCUUGGCGCAGCCCCGCGUCUGCACACGUGGUCCAGGUUUGUUCCUUUCUUAUCGUCACACUUACUUCUAUAUAUUUAUUGAAAGUUUUGUCCUUUUAAAUCAGAAGAGUAUAAACAGUGUCCUCACUGUCAGUGUUUUUGUUUCCUGCUCACGCGCUGGGGCCACCCCGGGCCCAGGGCCGCCCCUCGCCUGGGCCGUGUUUUGUUUGGGUUUGUGCUUCCGUGUGUGGCAGACGCAUCUAAAAUAGCUUUAUUUGAAAUGUAAGAGGAUGCAGCGUCAACUGGGACUUGUGAAGAGGGAGCUGGACCGUUACGAGAGGUGGUCCUUCACGCAGGGUCCGGCAGUCGCUUUAGCAUCUGACGGACAUGGUUUAUUUUUACAGUUUGCAGCGAUUUCUCUUCGGAAGGACACGUGACACGUCCUGUCUCAUCAUUCAGUCCUGCCCAGGUCAGAUGAAAGGGCAGCCUCAACAGUGGUUUCUAGGAGACCAUGUCAUUAAGCAGUUGUGCGAGUCGCAUGAUUUGAUGGUAGCUGGUGGGUGAGUGACGUCUGGGGAUGAGAAAGAAACAUGCUGCCGUUCUGUUGGCGUCGCCCCCUGUGGGGAAGAACCCAAACGUGCACGAGCUCUGCGCGGGGGCAGCACGGGCACCACGGCCCCCGAGAGGCCCUCCAGUCUUUAUCGUCCCCGGGAAACGUUUCCGACGCCCUGUAACGCACUGCCAGUUCUAGAAAAACAGUCCAGGCUGGAGGGUGAGCAUUUUACAUCCAAGAAGAAACCCUGCCACGCCACGUGGUUCCCGAGUUGCCUUGGCGGUGUUCACCGACCGCCUGCUGACAUUCAAGAUCACAGACCGUGGAACUGCCCCUGGAGGUUGUGUGACUGUCUGAGGACCUUUCCCCUCCGCCAGGGGCUGUGGAUGACCCAUCACGGGACCGGAGUACCUUUCAGACCCUCCCUCCCACGUGGGAGGACUCUGGGCAGAGCGCCCACAGCACCCACACGGCAAGAUUGUCAGGAAAAAAUCAGAACGGAUAGCUGGACAGUGAACGCCUGGGGUCACUGAGCAGCGUUAGUGUACGGUGACCUCCCAGCUGGCCCGCUGGUGGACCUUCCUCCUGGUCACCCUGAUGCCGAGGCGAGGGCGGCGGCCGACUGUGUCCGUACUGCAGACCCGUGUAACUGGGCGGUGUGGGCGGAAAGUGGCUUAAUUUCCUUUCUGAUCUUGCUGGCUUCAAGAUUAGAAAAUGGAGAAUUUGCUCUGACAUGUUUGAGAAGACAAAUAAAAUUGUUACUUUGGGCAGAAUUCAGCUUCUUUUUUCUCUUACAAGUUCCCGUUUUACAAAGCAGAGUAUUCUUUGUGUAAAACACGUAGAGUUUAAAGAACAAGAGUAAAAUAACAAUGGUGUACCUACUACCC